GGCUUCCGGCCGACAUUGCACGACUGCAUCGCUUCCGGCGGCGCGCCGGUGACGUGCGUGAGCGCGCCGGGCCGCGUGGAGGCGGUUCGGUGGAUGGAGGUCAGCGAGGGUGAUCGCUGCACCAUUCCCGCGUCAUGGAGAGACUGGGUUACUGACGGAACAAGACUGGGCAGCAUUGUUGAAAGAAGCUUGGAUAUGUAGCGUGUUCUCGAUGAAGGACUUUGGAAUCACUUGCUAGGAGUCUUAUCUCCCUCCCUCUCCCCGACUCCCACCAUCAUGGCAGUUCGCCUGAUGAAGCGAUGCACGUGCCUGUUGAGAGACACUACCCGCCUAGUCCCUACCAUUACUCCAGUUGGCCGAGUGAGACUUGCUGGGGUGGCCUGUAAGACUUUGACCUCCUCAGUCAGUUCCCCCUCCUCGGGUUCCUUGACAGAGCUGUUGGGAAAAGAGCAAGUGUUUACUCCCUACCCAGAGCACCAAGAGGUGGACCACCUUAUUGAGAAAGCCACCAGGCCAGAGGAGCUGCUUGAACUGCUAGGUGGUGGUUAUAGCCUGCACCGCAAUCAUCCGGCCCUCAUACUCAUCCGGCUCUCUUAUCUGCUGUCUGAGAAGCCAAAGGAAAAGGCCUUGCUUGUAGAGGAUGCUCGCUUUCUGCAACUUGUCAGUCGGAUUGACAGUCAGGUUUCUUCCAUCUGGCAUGGGACCCUCGUGAAGCUGCUGAGGAGCAUGUAUACACUAGUGCUUCCUCAGAUGUCCAAGGAGCUGCGGUCCGUGGAACAGGAAGUGCGCUGGCGUCUGCGAAGGUUAAAGUAUAAGCACUUGGUCUUCCUGGUUGAGUCCUGUACCUCCUACAUGCAGGAGCAGCACUCCCAGGAGCUCCUGGCUGAGCUGCUGAUGCACCUGGAGAGGCGCUGGACAGAGAUCAAUGACAGCCGUACAGUGGUAACCAUGAUGAUGAAGGCAGGACACCUCUCAGAGUCACUGAUGAACCGCCUGGAAGACAAGUGCCUGGAGCUGGUGGAGCAGUUUGGCCCUGAUGAGCUGCGGAAGGUGUUAGUGACGCUGGCAGCACAGAGCCGGCGGUCGGUGCCCCUGCUGCGGGCCAUCUCCUACCACCUGGUACAGAAGCCCUUCCCACUGACGAAAGGCGUGCUCCUGGACCUGGCCUAUGCCUAUGGUAAACUCAAUUUCCACCAGACCCAAGUGUCCCAGCGCCUGGCUGCUGACCUCCUGCCCUUUGUUCCCAGCAUGACACUUGGUGAGGUAGCCCGUUGUACCAAGUCCUUUGCCUUCCUCAAGUGGCUGAACCUGUCCUUAUUUGAAGCCUUUACUCAGCAUCUCCUGAGCAGAGUCCAGGAUGUCUCCCUGACCCACCUGUGCAGCAUUCUUCUCGCUUUCGCCCGUCUGAACUUUCAUCCUGAACAAGAAGAUGAGUUCUUCAAAUUGGUGCAUGAGAAGCUGGACUCCAUGCUGGGGAGCCUGGAGCCAACCCUGCAGGUGGACCUGGUGUGGGCACUCUGUGUGCUGCAGCAAGUUCGAGAAGCAGAGCUGCAAACAGUUCUCCAUCCUGGACUUCACACACAAUUUCUAGGGAGCAAGUCUCCAAAGGACCAGAGUACUUUCCAGAAGUUGGUUCACAUCAACACCACCGCCCUGCUGGAGCACCCUGAAUAUAAAGGCCCCUUCCUGCCAGCCUCAGCUGUAGCCCUCUGUCCCUCAUCCUCUAGCAAGCAGAUGACACCUCUUCAGAAGGAGCUGCAGGAGACACUGAAGGAACUGCUGGGGAGCACUGACCAGGGCAGGCUGGAUGUGGUCACCCAAUAUGGCUGGGUGCUGGAUGCAGAGGUGCUCCUGGAUACGGAUGGCCACUUUCUGCCCCUGAGAGAUUUUGUUGCUCCUCACCUUGCCCAGCCAGUUGGGAACCGGCCACUGCCCCCAGGAGCUAAAAGGAUCGCUUUCCUGCGCUGGGAGUUCCCUAACUUCAACAGCCGAAGCAAGGACUUGUUGGGCCGUUUUGUCCUGGCUCGCCGACAUGUGCUGGCUGCAGGCUUCCUGGUAGUAGAUGUCCCAUAUUAUGAAUGGCUGGAUCUCAAGUCUGGAUGGCAGAAAGGUGCCUACCUCAAGGACAAGAUGCGAAAAGCAGUGGCUGAGGAGCUAGCCAAAUGACCGUUCCCAUCAGUUCAGAUUGCUUCCCAGAGACCUGGCUGCUCAGUGACCCAGCAGUGAGUGCUGGACAAGCCAGAGUUGUACCCCUUAAAAGGAUGAACCAUCCCUAUAGGACCUUGGUCAGAGCAGUGGAUGGUCAGCAGCUCCAAGGGACAAGUGGUCCUAAUAAAUCUUUGGUUUUGGUGGAUGCCAGGUAUCCUCCUAGGCUCUGUAUUUAUCUCCUCUAUCCCCCACCGCUCCCCCCUCCAUUUUGGACACACAGACCCUAUCUCCUUCCCUAGCUCUCCAGGAUUCUACCCAGUGUACUCUCCUCCCCCAACACCCCAAUAGUGCUUGCGUGAUACAGCACAGCAGAGGAGGGCUGACCUGAGAGACAGAAAAACUGGGACUUGAAUGGGAAGACACUUGGAUUCUAGGAGUGAGGAGCUUGCCAGGAAACGGACUAGGCUUGGAGGGUACAGCAGAGUUUUAAUUACGGUUCUGAGUGGUUCCUUCCCAUGCCCCUGUGACUAGGGAGUAUCUCAUGGUAACAGGUGGUGUGGGAGCAUUGGGAAAAGAAAAAAGUCCAUUUGGCUGAUACCACAGGAUCCAUAGUCAGACUGUCACUCUUAUGACUACCUUAACCACAGCCAACUCAGGAGCCACAAGUUCAAGUUGGAGGCCUGAGCCCUUGUUCCUGAAGAGCAAGAGUGUCUGCAGGAGACUCCCAUAGACAGGGCUUGCCCAAAGAGGAGUCUUAAGACAAAGGAGGUUCUUAUCCUACUCUACGUUCUUCCCAAAACAUCAGUCUGAGUCCUCUGGCUUGGCACUUGUGUUGUCCUGCACACACCUGCUCGUUACCACAGAGGUGAAGUGGAGUGGAGCAGAAAGGUGGCUGGAACUGGCGUGAGGGAAGGAAUAGCUGGCCACAGCUUGUCUGAAUCGAGGUAGGACAGGAAUAUAAUGCUGACAAGCCAGCUGGGGUGGCUUGUUGGUGUGUGAGGAAAUAAAGGUUUGUGCUGCUAA